AUUUUUUUUUCAAAAUUGUUGAAAGUGAUUUGAAUUUCAAAAAAAAAAAUGAUUAAUAAAUCUAAAUUAGAAAUUUUUAAUUUUAAUAAAUUAAAUAAGAUGUAAAUUAAGAAAAAAAUAUUUGAAUUAAAAAUUGAAGAAAACAAACUGUAAUAAAAAAUACACACCCUUCUGCAAUUCAAUAAAAUAAAAAUAAAGAAAAAAAGAAAUUGUGUUUUUAUAAUUUGAAAAAAAAAUUAUGGUGAAUGAUUUAAUUAUACAAAAAAAUAAUUUGAAUUUAAAUUUAGAUCCAAUUUAUGUUGAUACAAAAGUAAUAAGAGCUAAAAAAUCAUUAAAAUUAGGAAAACCAUUAAUAGCAACAACAACUGAAACAACAGCAACUACAAAUAAUUCUAUAUUAUCAUCAUCACCAUCAUCGUCAUCGUCAUUACCAUCGAUAAUAAAUACAACAAGACCAAUAUCUAAUACAAUAUCUAAUAUAACAACAUUACCAAUAACAGUAGUACCAGUAACGGCAACAACAACAACAAUAACAACGAAAACAUUAACCUCAAAAUCGAUUGUAGUAGCAGCAACACCACCAACAACAACAGCAGCAACCAAUUCUAUUAAAUCAACAAAUAAUAAAAUUUUAAUAAAAUCAUUGAAUGAUGAAAAAUUUUUAAAUAAUUUACAAAAUUCAUCACAUUCAACUAUAGGUUAUCAAAUAACACAAGAUAAUAUUAAUAAUUUUGAUAAUAAUUUAGAAUAUAAUCAAGAUCAAUUGGAUAAUCAACAAUCAUUAUUGAUUUGUGAUGAACAAAUAUCACCAAUAUUACCACCACCACCAAUAUUAAAAUUAUCAUCAACAAAAUAUUUAAAUAAAUUAUCAAAAAUAUCAUCAACAUCAAUUCAAUCAACAAUUAUAUCGAAUCCUAAUACUAUUAAUAAUCAAAUUAUAACAGAAAUAUCAAGUGAUUUGAUAACAUUAAAAAAUCAUAAACCAACUGUGGUAUCAACGGUAAGUGGUACAUUAUCAAAUCAUAUAAAUUCAUCAAUAUUAUUAAAAAAUAAAAAAAAGAAAAAUUUAAUAAAUAAUAUUGAAAUAAUUAAUGAUAAUAAUGAUGAUUAUGAUGAUGGUAAUGAUAAUAAUGAUUUAAAAAUUAUUGAUGAUGGUGAAAUAAUUGCAAAUAAUUUAAAUUGGAAAUUUUUUGAUCGUAUUUCACUUUUAGAUGAUGAAUUACGUGAUCAGGAAAGCUGUGGUGAAAAUAAUUUUGAUGAUUGCAAUGAAGCAACAAGCAGUAGUCAAGAAGUUCUAUUGAGCAAAUCCAACCAACUUCAGAAAAAUUCUACAAUACACCAUCAUCAUCAUAAUAACAGUGAAGAGGAUCAUCAUUACACCACCUAUAAUACUCAAACAUUGGAUUCUUAUAAUUCAACUAUCAUAACAAAUCCUCAUAAACAACAUCAACAACAACAACAACAACAUAAUCGUGAUCAUACAUCAAAAUUAAAAACAUCAUUACCAAAAACAAGUUCAACUACAACAUCAGCUACACCAACAUCAAUAGCAUACGUUGUCAGUGAUAUGAACUCACCUGAAUCACCAUCAACAUCAGCAGCUGUCGUUAUCAAUAAUAAUUAUACAAAUUCAAAUUAUCAAAAUAAUAAUAAUAAUAUUAGUAGUAAUAAUAAUAAUAACAGUAAUCAUAACCAUCAUUCCAUAAAUAAAAAUCAUAAUAAGAAAAAUAAUAGUAAUAAUAAUAAUAAUAACAAUACAAUAAUAUCAAAUUCAAUAUCACCAAAUUGUAGUAUAAAAAAUAAUAUUAUAACACAUAUUAAUCAAAGUGGUGGUAGCAUAGGAAAUUUACGGAAUGAUACGAUGAUCGGAUCGAAUAUAACAACAUCGGAAAAUUCUCAAGGUAUUUUGGGUCAACAACAACAACAGCAACAACAACAGAAGCAACAACAGCAAUUACAAACAAAUUCAUCAUCAUUAAAAAGAAAAUCUAAGAAACCAACAGGUAGUAUUAGUGGUGGAAUUGGUAUAGGUGGAAGUAAUAGUGCUGGUGGUGGUCAAGGUAGUAAUAAUGUUGGAGGUACAACAUCAGGUAUAUUACAUAAUAAUAAUAAAAAAAAUCAUUCGGUAUUCAAUGGACUCCCUGAUAAUGGAAUCGGAUUUCAUUUAGGUUUAUAUGGAUGGAGGAAAAAAUGCCUUUAUAUACUAUUAUUAAUUUUAAUGUUACUCAUAAUUAUCAAUUUAAUAUUAACAUUGUGGAUAUUAAAAGUUAUGGAAUUUUCAUCGGAAGGUAUGGGCCAAUUAAAAAUUGUUCCUGGUGGUAUCCAAUUAUCAGGGCAAGCAUUAAUUAUGGAUUUAUUACGAGCAUCCGUGAUACGCUCAAAACAUGGACAACCAAUUACUUUAGAAUCAUCACGUAAUUUUUCAAUAAAUACACGUGACUCAAAUGGUAUAUUAGAAAAUCAUUUAUUUUUGGGACACGAUAAACUUGAAUGUCUUGCAAAUGGUUUUCGGAUAAAUGAUACAACUGGUAAAAAUUUAUUUUCUGUUAAUCGUAAUGAAGUUGUAAUUGGUGCCCAUCAUUUACGUAUCGAUGGUGAAGGUGGUGUUACAUUUCGUGAAUCAGUUCAAACACCACAUGUACGUGCUGAACCAAGCAGAGAAUUGAGACUAGAAUCACCGACACGUCAAUUAGAAAUGACUGCUGCCAAGGAUAUUAAUUUACAAUCACGUGCUGGAGGAAUUGAUAUAAAUGCAUUAGAUGAUGUAAAGCUAAGUUCAAUUGAUGGUAGUAUACGACUUGAAUCAUCGAAAAUAUUUUUACCAAAUUUAAAACCAGUCAAAUUAUUAACAAGUGGUACUAGUUUUCAUGAAAAUUUUGAUAAAGUAACACAAUUAUGCGCCUGUUCAAAUGGUAAAUUAUUUUUAGCAUCACCGAAAGGUCAUUGUUCAGAUGAUGAAGGUACAAUAUGCAGAUGAUCUAAAUUGCAUUCACUAUAAUAAAAAAAAAAUUAUAAUAUUUAAUUAAAAUUAAAAUAAAAAUUAUUUAUUUAGAAAAAUAAAAUUUAGUUAAAAUUAUUAUUAAAGAACUAUAAUAAAUAUAAAAACUAUUCAUUAAAAAAAAAUGAGUAAACGAAACUUAGAUCUUGCUUACUAUGUAUUCCAAAAAUUCGACUAAUGUUGCUAAGAUUAAUGAAAUUUAAUGUGGCGUGCUCUAUAUUAUUGAUAACGCUGUGACAGAAACAGAAGAAUACAAUUAAUUUAUAAUAGUUUCCAUUACAAUUGAACAAAAAUGGCUAAAAGAAAAAAAGUGUAGUAAAAUUAUUGUCAACUUUCAAGAAAAUUGUAUCUUUCACAACGCUACACACUACCCCGGAUAUCUUAAUAUUACAAAUGGGGAUUACAAAAUACAAAACUAAAUUAAGGUCAGCCAUUCAGCAACUUUCGACUCCUGGAAAUCUGAAUAAUUUUCGUUAGAAUAUAAAUUAAACAAUAGUGUAUGAAAGUGAAUUGAAAUUGGGAAAAUCUACAAAUCUACACAAUACUCGUUAAGUAAUGACGUCAAUAUCAAAAUCAAAAUUUUAAGUUUGUAUGCAGAAAAUCAUUUGCUACAAUAUUCAAGGUUAUAAUAACAACAUAGAUUGAGCGUGGUCUAAGAACAAAAAUCCUUUAAAAAUAUUCUUACAAAAUUAAAGAAUAAUUAUUAAAACAAAUUACAAAAAAAAAUUUUUUUAAUAAAAAAUUUAGAAAAAAAUUAUAAAAAAAAUUUAUAUAGAAAAUGUAUUUAGAUACUAAAAAUUUAGUUAUGAAAAUUAAAGAAAUUAUAAUGCAUAAUAUACAAUUAAAGGAUUAUUAAUGGUAUUUAAAUUUUGGAUAUAUAUAUAUAUAUAUAUAUUAAAAUUAUAGUAUGUAUGUGUACUUAAACUAUAUCUGCAUAAUAUAAUAAGAAUAUUUUAUUGCACAUUGAAAAGUAAAUAAGAGGAGAAGGACAAAUAAGAAAUGAUUAAGGACAUUUCUUAUUAGAUAAACCAAAGAAAAUCACAAUAGGAAAUUAUUAAAAAAUAAAAUUAAUAUUCAUUAUCCUGAACAUAUUUUACCCUAUAAACAAAGUUAUGCAAACAUAUUAUGUCUAUUAUGAUUUAUGCGUAAAUUAUAAUUUAUAUCGCACCCCUAAUUGUAAAGCAAUAUAUCACAAAAAAAAAUCGAGAAUUUUAUUAGCCACUAUAUCAGUCAUAUUCAUCAUAUCAUAUUCAAUUCAUAUUAAUCUAAUCAUAUUUUAAUCACUUCAUAUUAUUCAUAACUUAAUAUAAUCAUCCCAUGUACAGAUGCAGUAUAAAAGUUAAAAUAUGGGAGAUGAAUGAGAACCUUCAGGCAAUAAUGAAGCUACAGAGUCAUCUUCGAUUUAUGUAUUUUGAAUUGAGUUUUAAAAUAGUUUCAUAUUAUAGUUUUAAUUGUAUAACUAUGUUACUUUUCUAUAUUCUUAGUAAAAGAUGAUUUGGAAGAAUUUUUUUUUAAUCUUUCUGAAAUUUGAAUGAAAAUAAUCAUUUCUUUAUACAUACAUAUACUCCGCGUCAUCAGCUUAAACUUAGAAAAUUCACGUUUUAUAAAAAAAAGUUUUUAUUUCUCCGUUAUUGUAAUAGUCAUAAAAUUUUGGUAAAUUAUAAAAAUAAUAUGACGAAUAUAUCUGUUUGUACAGAUGUCAAACAGAUUUAUUAAAACUUAUCGAGAAGUUAUUCAUUUUAGUGCGUUAUUUAAAACUUAGCUGAUUAAUUUAGUGGUUUAUUUGCUAUUGCAAUUUGUACUCACUGAGAAUUUAAUUAGUGAUACUAAAGUACUAUACUUUUGAAAACAGUUUGAGAAAAACCGGGGGAAAAACAAGAUAUUGAGUGAAUGUGACAGAGUAAAAAUUGAAGUCUACUAUGAAGAAGGACAUAGCAAUCGUACCGAAUCGUGUAAUUAAGAUCAAAAUAAUCAAUUUUUUUUUUCUAAAUAUUUCUUGAAAACUUUAAGACAAAAAGUUAUUUGGAAUGAGAUUUUAAAAUUAAAAUAUUAAGAUUAUUUAAAUUUUAUGGAGAAGGAGCAUUUUUCCAAUCGUGAAAUUUACGAGUGUUUUGUAAAUUCAAACAGUGAACUUUUCUUUUAUUUUUUUCGAGUUUCCUUUUUGAAUUUAAUAUUGAAUUAUAUUUAGGGGUGGGAAAUAUUAGUAUACAUACAUAAUAUUUAUAUCUAAAACAAAAUUUAAAUUAAAAAAUAAAUAACAAUAUUAUAAAAAAAAAGAAAAAAUAGUUGUUAUCCUAGUAAAUAAAGAAUUUAUUCAUAAAAUACACUUACAUUAUAAUAGAAAAACAACAAAAAAAAAACAAACAAUAUCAUUUAUGUAAUUG